CAGCUGUUCUCGUUUCACAUUCGAUUUCAAGACGACGACUCCCCGAUAAUCGAAUCUGCAAACUAGUCAUGCUCGUUGACGAGCAACAGCAGCAGCAGCAACAACAACAACAGAUGUUCUCCUUCGAUUCUGCAUCCUCUCUGGAUGAUUUCAUUAACCUCGAUGCGCUCAUCUCCCAACCCGCCCUCGGCGCUUCUGGCUCGCAGUCGUCUGCCUCUCCCCGCUCUCCGUUCUCCUUCCAAAACAUGCCUCUCACUCCCCCACCCAUCUUCUCCUCGGCCACAAUCCCACAGCCCGCUACCGCUGAUGACGCCUUCUUUAGCUUCUUCCUGGAAGACGACUUCUCAAAGGCGCCACACAUGCCUCCCCCCGUCUCCCCAUACGACUUCCUCGCCAGUAUGACCGCAGCAGGCGGUUCUGGCAUCGGCAUUGGCACAAGCUCUUCUCCGGAAGCUUCCUCCUCAAGAGACUCCCCCUCCAGCUACGCCCUUUCCCCUCAACCCAGCUUCGGUAUCGAUCCCCAGUUAGUUGGGACCCCCGCCACCUCGAAGGCUUUGUCUGAUUUCGACGAAGAGGAACACCACGACGCCCUUCAAGAGGAAGAGGAAGAGAAGGAGGACGACCCUCCUUCAACCUCUGGCAAAUCCGCUUCUCGCGGGAAGACUUCCCGCAAGGGCACCGUCCUCUCUGGCGGCAUAAGAAAGGCAUCCCCCGUCUCUAUCGACAAGGAGAAUGGCCCUAGCAAAGAGAACAAAUCCAAGAAGGAACCGGCCCCGCUCAAGAUCCUCGAACCAGAGGAUUGGCGUCCAAAUCCCGAAGAGUACAAGAAAAUGUCCAGCAAAGAGAAAAGACAGCUUCGCAAUAAGAUAAGUGCUCGCAACUUCCGCGUUAGACGCAAGGAGUAUAUUACCACCCUCGAAGGCGAUAUCGCUGAACGCGAUCGUCUCAUCGACGCGAUUCGCGCCGAACUCGGCUCUUCCAAGUCCGAGAAUAUUGCUCUGCGUCAGGAAAUUGACGCCCUCAAGAAGUGUCUGCUCGAGGGACGCAGCCUUCCAGAUCUGCCUCCUCCUGCAGAACUCCCUCCUUCCCCUGCAUCACCCGUCGUUCCCUCCGCCUCCACCUCCAAUACGAGUGCUAGCAGCUCCAGCCCAUCAAUUGUCACUCCCAACACUCAAAAGGAUCUCCCUACCUCUCCUCGCCUUAGCAAUCGGGCCUUUUGGGGCGGGCUUGGCGGCAUGGGAGUCACGCCGGUGCAUACCACAUUCGUGCCUCCCCUCGCCGUAUUGGCCUCGAAGGCGUCGCUAGCCUCUAGUAGCCCGAUCCUGCAGCCCUCGAUUUUCUAUGAGGAAACCAUUCGACCGCGGGCACAGCAGGAGAACAUGAAUCCCAGCCUUAAUCCCAGUCCACAGCGCAAUUUCGUCGAGAAGAGUGGGUCGGCAAACAUCAAUCCUGCAUUGAGCCAUCUGAACAGCAUCGGCAACGUCGGCGCGUUCGAUGCAUUUGCUGACACUAACCCUUUCACUCUCAAAACGCUUGAUGCGUACCGCAUGCAGCUCUGGGGGAAGAUGGCCGCCCAACAACAAAUGUCACAGGCUCACCACUCGCAUUCGCAACAGAUCUACACGCCUCCGCAAUCCCCUCCACUGGCACCGGGUGGAUUCGCGAGCAUGCUCCAACCACACUUCUUGUUGGCACCUGCCAAAGUGGCAGGUACGUUACCUCACAAAGCGCCAACUGGAAGCGGUUCCGGAGUUUAUCCGACACCACCACCCUCCCCACCAACCUUGUCGUCGUCGACUUCGGCUGCGCCAGCCCCGACGCAAGAGCAGGCUGCAAUCGCGGCCCUAGCCAGCCAGACCUUACUGGGCAAACUCGGACAUGCAUUCUGGGAGGCCUUCUCGGGUUCUUCGACGACAAGUCCUUCGUCACACCUUACCCCCACAUCUGCGGCUAUGUGUAAACAGUGGGAUGCCGAGAAAGUCCGCAAGGUGUUAGAGGGGCGAGCUGUUGUCAAGGUGGUGGACGUUGAACCUGCACAAAAUGUCGUACCGCCUGUUCCAUCGGCAUCGGCAUCCUCUUCAUCGGUGCAGAAGGUGAAAGCUUCUGGACAAACUUGCAUGCUGACGGAUAUGCUUGAGGAGUCGAUGCGGAGUCUUACGUUGGGGAAGAAGAUGAAUUGAAGGGUCAAAAGCUGUGUGAGGACUUUUAGAAGGCGAAAGAAGAGAUGAAAGAAGAACGGUGCUGUUCCCCGCUCCUCUCCGUGUUUCACCAGUGACUUGUCUUUUAUAUGUAGCCUCUGCUUCCUACAAAUAUAAUUACCACAUACUACAUACGCUCUUUGUUCUACGGCUUUCGGUGUCCAUACGCUUUCGGAGAAUAUCUUUGCUCGCUGACAUCCUAGUAUAUUUAUAUUGGAUCUCUACUAUGUUCGACGUGAUC